CUCACUCCCUCCAUCAAUUCUACGCUCCAACACUUCCUGUGAAGGCACCAAAGAAACAGAACUCCAAUUUCUUUUCCAAAAAUGGCACCAAAGGGAGAGAAGAAGCCUGCAGAGAAAAAGCCGGUGGAGGAGAAGAAAUCUGCUGUGGCGGAAAAGGCCCCGGUAGCUGAGAAAAAGCCCAAGGCAGGGAAGAAGUUACCCAAGGACAGCAGUGCAGCUGCCGGAGAUAAGAAGAAGAAGAGAUCCAAGAAGAGCGUUGAGACUUACAAGCUCUACAUUUUUAAGGUGCUGAAACAGGUUCAUCCUGACAUUGGGGUUUCCAGCAAAGCCAUGGGAAUAAUGAACAGUUUCAUUAACGACAUUUUUGAGAAGCUAGCUCAGGAGUCGUCCCGUUUGGCUCGGUACAACAAAAAGCCCACAAUCACUUCGAGGGAAAUUCAGACUGCUGUGAGAUUGGUACUACCUGGAGAGUUGGCAAAGCACGCAGUAUCUGAGGGGACUAAGGCUGUGACCAAAUUUACUAGUUCUUAGGUUUGGAAAAAUUGUGUUCCAGGGAUGGUUGUAAAGGGCUUGUUUGGAGUGGCUGUUUUUGUGGAUGUAUCAAAAGAUGUUCUUUUGGCCUAUGGUUAAAUGCUGAAUGAAAAAAAUUAUUAAAUCUUUUGGUA